ACCAAGAAUCACCGAAAAGAGCCAAAGUUGCGGAGGAAAGUUCCGAUUCAAGUUCUAAUUACAAGCCGGUCGGAUUUUCGAAGUAUUCUACUUCAUUAGUGGGAAGCUUCGGUUCAUCCGCAGCACAGCCCCCCGUACCUAAUGAUCUUCCCCGAAAAGACGGCGAUGAAAGUGAUGGCGAAGAAAGUUAUACCGAAGAAGUAGUAGCUUUUGGAACCGUUGCAAGGCCCUUAUUAAAUGAACAAGAAGUAAUUACCGGAGAAGAAGAAGAGAUUACUCGACAUACUGUUAGGGCAAAAUUAUUUUAUAUGGAUCGUGAAAAACAAUGGAAGGAACAAGGG